CCUACAAAACCAUGAAGUGAAAAUUAGGGGAAUAUAUCAUAUUGAGCAAGCUUAAUUAACUCAAAAGAGAAACAAUCAAAAUGUCUGUGGAAAUGGAGAGGGAAUCAAUGAUAACCGAGGCUCGUAAUGCCCCUGUUACUGCUCAGAGAAGGGUUAGAAGCGACUUGGAAACUUCUAUUCCAAAGCCAUACAUGGCUAGAGCAUUGACAACUCCUGAUACAAGCCAUCCACAAGGAACACCAGGAAACAAGCACAACAAUUUGAGUGUUCUUCAACAGCACUGUGCUUUUUUUGAUCAGGAUGGAAAUGGAAUCAUUUACCCUUGGGAAACUUACACGGGGUUUCGUGCUCUUGGAUUUAAUGUGAUCGUAUCAGUUUUUAUGGCCAUUUUCAUCAAUCUUGGACUGAGUUAUCCCACUCUACCUUACUGGUUUCCUUCACCUCUUUUUCCUAUAUACAUACACAACAUACAUAGAGCAAAACAUGGGAGUGACUCUGGAGUCUAUGAUACAGAAGGACGUUUUGUACCAGCAAAUUUUGAGAACAUAUUUAGCAAGUAUGCUCUUACAGUACCUGACAAGCUAACACUUAAAGAGAUAUGGAACAUGACUGAGGGAAACAGAAAUGCAUUAGAUCCAUUUGGCUGGGCUGCUGGUAAAUUGGAAUGGGGGUUUCUAUAUGUACUAGCUAGGGAUGAAGAUGGUUUUGUGCCAAAAGAAGCUGUUAGAAGAUGCUAUGAUGGGACCAUAUUUGAAUAUUGUGCAAAAACAAUUGCUGCUAAUAAAGAUGAGGCCAAGAUGGGUUGAACUCAAUUCUCAGUUAGUGGUGUGGAAAUAUUGUGAUGUAACAAAAUAUAAAGAAGACUGCACUUGCACCAUUUGACUGUUCUGUAAUAUAAUCCUGUUGGAAUACUACUACUUUGUUUGGUAAAUGUAAAUUAUAAAAUAUCUGGUUCA